AUGCCGGAAGCGGCGGUGAUAAUAGUCGGUGCUGGCCCGUCCGGCCUCGCCGUGGCCGGCUGUCUCAGCCGGCUCGAAAUCCCAUACCUACUUCUCGAAAGAGAAGACUGUUUUGCUUCUCUUUGGAAGAAGUACUCGUACGACCGUCUCCACCUUCACCUUCAGAAGCAGUUCUGUGAGCUCCCCCACAUGUCAUUCCCGUCCUCUUGUCCCACUUAUGUACCCAAAAAACAGUUCAUUCAGUACUUGGAUGACUACGUUGCACAUUUCAAGAUCAGUCCCAUGUACCAGAGAAACGUCGAGUCUGCAACUUAUGAUGAGGGUUCUGAGAGAUGGGUGGUGAAGGCGAUGAACAAUGAUGAGGGCUGUGGUGGUGAGGUGGAGGUGUUUCUGGGAAGGUUUUUGGUGGUGGCUACUGGUGAAGCAACCAAUCCAUAUGUGCCGGAGAUUGAAGGGUUGAGUAGUUUUGAUGGGGAGGUUCUUCACUCGACCCGAUUCAAAUCCGGGGUUGAGUUCAAGAACAAGAAUGUUUUGGUUGUCGGCUCUGGGAAUUCCGGCAUGGAGAUUGCUUUGGAUCUGGCAAACCAUGGUGCAAGGACUUCAAUCAUUGUUCGGAGCCCGGUUCAUUUUCUGUCAAAGAGAAUGGUUUACUUGGCCUUGGUUUUGCUGAGAUAUCUCUCAUUAAGCAAAGUUGAUACUUUGAUGGUUUUGCUUAGCAAGUUGGUUUAUGGAGACCUGGCCAAGUAUGGGAUUGCCAGGCCGAAAGAGGGUCCUUUUUUUAUGAAGAUCAAGUACGGUAAGUAUCCGGCCAUUGAUGUCGGCACAUGUAGUAAGAUCAAGUCCGGUGAGAUUCAGGUUUUACCUACAGAAAUAGGCAGCAUUAGAGGAAACGAUGUGAAGCUUAAAAAUGGCAAGUCAUACCAAUUUGACUCGAUCGUGUUCUGCACUGGGUUCAAGAGAUCAACACAUUUGUGGCUCAAGGGGGAUGAUUAUCUUCUGAAAGAGGAUGGCCUUCCAAGACCUAGUUUUCCAAACCAUUGGAAAGGCAAGAAUGGUUUAUUCUGUGUGGGACUAUCAAGAAGAGGAUUGUAUGGAUCUAGUGAGGAUGCUCAAAAUAUAGCCAACGACAUCCAGUCAUCUCUGUAA